GAAAAUUAUGAUAGGAUGAGUCAUUGAAAUUGAAUUCUCACAAGUGGUUAGAGAGAGAAAGAGAGAGAGAGAGAAAGUGAAUGGUGUUAAGGUGAAGUUGAGAGAGAUGCUUUCGGCUAACAUUGCUCAAACUGGCCUCGUCUAUGCUGUAUUGGGCAGCUGAACAAAACAAAGAUCUUUAUUACAUCUUUUACUACAUUUUUGCAACACCUACCUCUUUUUUUCUCUUCACUGGUCCUAGGUUUGAUUUUUUCUUCUCUUAAUUCCCAUCAUCACACUCAACCUCUUUCAUCUUUCAAACCAACCAAAAUUUUUAUUUAUUUUCUGAAAAUAACAAACUAAACAAACCAAGUUUUAGUUUUUUCUUCUCUUCAUGAAACUGCCAAAAUAAAAUAUUUAUAGUUUUAAUUCUCUGAAAGAAUGUGGGAUCUUAAUGGUUCGCCGUCUAAGAGAAAAGACCAAGAGUCUGAAGGAUGUUCUUCUCCCAAAACAUCAUUAGACGGAGAUGAAGAUAAAGCAAAAAGGGUCGGUGUUGGGGGAUCUGUUUCAAAUUCUAGCUCUUCUGCUAUCGUAAUCGAAGAAGAUUCAGAAGAAGAUAACAACAACAACAACAGAAGCAUGGUAAAGAAAAAAAACAGCAAGAUAUUUGGUUUCUCUGUGACACAAGAACAAGAGCAAGAACAAGAAGAAGAAGAAUCUUUAGACAGUGAAAAUUUUCCUGUGACGAGAAAUUUCUUUCCCAUGGAUCAAGAAGCUGAAAACAUGGUUGUAGCAUCUAGUGGCGGAAAUGGAACAUCUUCUUGUUCUUCUACUUUUCCUCGUGCUCAUUGGGUAGGUGUGAAAUUUUGUCAAUCAGAAACACUUGGAAGUGGAAAAUCAAUGGAAGUUUCAUCAUCUUCGCAACCUAUGAAGAAGAGUCGUAGAGGACCAAGGUCAAGAAGUUCACAGUAUAGAGGAGUUACUUUUUACAGAAGAACAGGUCGAUGGGAAUCUCAUAUAUGGGAUUGUGGAAAACAAGUGUAUCUGGGUGGAUUUGACACAGCACAUGCAGCUGCUCGUGCAUAUGAUAGAGCAGCUAUUAAGUUUAGAGGAGUUGAAGCAGACAUAAACUUCAACAUAGAAGAUUAUGAAGAAGACUUGAAGCAGAUGAGUAAUUUGACAAAGGAAGAGUUCGUACAUGUACUUCGUCGACAAAGCACUGGUUUUCCUCGAGGAAGUUCUAAAUAUAGAGGUGUUACAUUGCACAAAUGUGGAAGAUGGGAAGCUAGAAUGGGUCAAUUUUUAGGAAAAAAAUAUGUUUAUCUGGGCUUGUUUGACACAGAGGUUGAAGCUGCAAGGGCUUAUGACAAAGCAGCUAUAAAAUGCAAUGGAAAAGAGGCUGUAACUAAUUUUGAACCAAGCAUCUAUGAUAGUGAGCUUAAUACUGCAGAACCAGCAAGUAGUGGAAGUGAUCACAAUUUGGAUUUAAGUUUGGGAAAUUCAAGUUCAAAGCACAUGAAUAACACUCAAUCAUUUGGGAAUAACACAUCAAAUGUUGCAAAUCAUGAUCAAUCUAAUUGGCAGAAUGGGGGGAACAUAAACAAGCCUAAGCUUGUGAAUAUUUUACCAAAACCAUAUAAUAGACCAAACAACAUGGAACCAUAUGGAAGAGAUUUACAUGGAGAGAAUGAAGCACUGAGAAUGCUAAGUCAAACUCAUCUUCAAUCUUCGUCGCCAAACGGUAUUCAUCGAUACGGUCCCUUUCGAGAUCAACCACAAGUGCUUCACAGUUUUGCACAUACUAAUCAUCAACCACCAAAUUUUCAUUUUCCUAGCAGCAGCUACGGAGGCCGAGUUGGAAGCGAUCUAUCGUUAUCAACAAACAAUCAUCAGCAACAACAACAACAAUGGCAACCAGGAUCACAUUAUUUAUCAUCUGCUGCUGCAGCAUCAUCAGGAUUCCCACCUCAAAUAAGAACACCCUCUUCACAAACUUGGCUGCACAAAAAUGGCUUCCACACACUCAUGAGACCCUCUUGAUUCACUCUCUUCACCCUAGUAAUACUCAAUUUACAUCCAAAUAAUCAUAUUUUCAACACCUCGUAUCAGUGUCUCUGACACGAUACCGACAUACGUAAUUACAUUGAAAUUAUUGCAGAUGUCGACGUGUCAGUAUUAUGAGAAAAAAAAAUAUUAAUUGGGAAGUCUUAUUGGUCUUAGUUUGGAAGAGUCAAACUAAGAAAAGAGACGAAAUCUAUAACUAGAUAUUCUGGUUUCUGACUAUAUUUUUCUGUGUUGUUAUAUAACUCUGAUUUCUAGCUUUUCUGUGUUAUUGGUAUUUAUUUAUGACUCAACUAUUUAUUUUUUCUUAA